GUGUUAAUCUCAAUGCCAGAACCAGACCACAGAAUGCUGACUACACCGCUCACGGGAACGAUUAUGUUUUAGGUGACCCGUGUGGCCUUUUUGUUGAGGCCUUUAGGAUACAAAGCCCCCACCUAAAGACGCGACCCUCCCGUAGGAGGGGGGCAGGGCCCAGGGGCGGGAGCACAGCGGGGCCCCAGCCUCAGGCGGCGCGUCACUGAGCACAAAGGAGACAACCGUGAGGCGGCAGCGGGCGCUGAUCUUCGCUCGCCAACCACUUGCAGUUGCGGUUACAGACCUGCAGCUCCCCCUCCCCCAGCCGGCCCGCCCGCCUUUCUGUCUCCUCUCUCCCUCCGUACUGGACGGCCCCGGUCCAUUUCCGGGCUCCGGAUAUUUGGUAUCGAUUGGGGCCGGGGACGCGGAGCAGGUGGCCGCGGCGGGGCAGCUGGGCCGCCAGCCUGGUGCGUCGGGGACCGUCUCCCGCUGCUUCGGUCACCAGCCCCCGCCCGCCCGACCCGCUCCGUUCUCCGGCCUGCGAGCUCUGCCGGCCGGACUUUGCGCCGCGUCCGGCGCUGCUGCUGCGCUCGGGGCCCCGCUCGGCGCCGGCGGUGACCGGGAAGCCUGCGUUAAAGGGGCAUCCGGAACCCUGGCCCAGUAUGGCUGAAGUCAGUAUCGACCAGUCCAAGCUGCCUGGAGUCAAGGAAGUAUGCCGGGAUUUUGCCGUCCUGGAGGACCACACCCUGGCCCACAGCCUGCAGGAACAAGAGAUUGAGCAUCAUUUGGCAUCAAACGUUCAGCGGAACCGUUUGGUCCAGCAUGAUCUCCAGGUGGCUAAGCAGCUCCAAGAGGAAGAUCUGAAAGCGCAGGCCCAGCUCCAGAAGCGCUACAAAGACCUUGAACAACAAGACUGUGAAAUUGCUCAGGAAAUUCAGGAGAAGCUGGCUAUUGAGGCAGAGAGACGACGCAUUCAGGAGAAGAAGGAUGAGGACAUAGCUCGCCUUUUGCAAGAAAAGGAGUUACAGGAAGAGAAAAAGAGAAAGAAACACUUUCCAGAGUUCCCUGCAACCCGUGCUUAUGCAGAUAGUUGCUAUUAUGAAGAUGGAGACCAACCAGGGUCAAGGAGGGCCAGGGAAUUGGGUUCUGGAUUCUCAAGACCUUGUAGACUCCAAAGAGAUGGAAAGACUGUGAAGCAGAAGAAAGAGAAACCAGAACAUCCACUGGAGAACUUGGAAGAGCCAGAACAACGUUGUUCAUCAAAGCGAUCCCUGUCAUCCUCUAGCUCGGGGAAAGUGAGGGACAAUCCCCAAAUUAACAAUGAGCAGCACGAAAGGAAACGGUCCACUCAGGAGAGGCCCCGGAGACCUCUGCUUCCCACAGUCAGUGGUGAAGUGUUUCUGAGCACUGAAUGUGAUGACUGGGAGACUAAGAAUAACCAUCAGACUCGAAAUUGGGAAAAACAGUCUCGACACCAAGGUCAGCUUUCACCCAAGUCCUCACAAAAAGCAGGGCUUCACUGCAAGGAAGUUGUAUAUGGGAGGGACCAUGGGCAAGGUGAGCACAGAAAAAGGAGACACAGGCCCAGGACUCCUCCAUUCUCAGAGAGUGAGGAGCAGCUCCACCUCCAUGACCCAGGAAUGAAGCCAAGAGUGACGAAAGAAGCUGUAUCUACUCCAUCGCAAAUGGCCCACAGGGAUCAGGAAUGGUAUGAUGCUGAAAUUGCCAGAAAACUGCAAGAAGAAGAACUUUUGGCUACCCAGGUGGACAUGAGAGCCGCUCAAGUAGCUCAAGAUGAAGAAAUUGCUCGACUUCUAAUGGCUGAAGAAAAGAAAGCUUACAAAAAAGCCAAGGAGCGGGAGAAAUCAUCUUUGGACAAAAGAAAGCAAGACCCCGAGUGGAAGCCAAAAACAGCUAAAGCAGCAAAUUCAAAGUCAAAAGAGAGUGAUGAACCUCACCGUUCUAAGAAUGAAAGGCCAGCACGGCCACCACCACCUAUCAUGACAGAUGGUGAAGAUUUGGAUUACACUCAUUUUACAAACCAGCAGAGUUCCACACGGCAUUUCUCAAAAUCAGAGUCCUCUCAUAAAGGUUUUCAUUACAAGCAUUAAAAAGUAGGAAUCUGCCUUGAAAAUGGACUCACUAUAGCAAGUAUUACUGGGUGAUACAGAAUGAAUUCUACACUUAUUUUUUUUCUCCUGUGUUUGCAUUCCUGGGAUUUAUCCUCAAGUGCAUUUCUGACCAUAAGUAAUUUUAAUUCAUUUCAAAUGUUUUGGUUAUUCGUGAUCACUUGGGCAGUAUAAGAAAACGUAGCUUCUGAAUAUUGGCCACCUCUAUGCUGCAUAUACUUCUUGGGAUAUAGUAUCUAAGAGCUUUGUAAACGGCCAUUUUGUUAGGUAUGGAGUUUGGUAUCUAGGGAGUAGGCCUUAUUUAGCAAUUCAAAUUUUUUGGAGAUGAAGAUCCAAGUAAAACAAUGUUUGGAUGCAACACAGAAUAAAAGAAUAUAAGAAAUAGCUUUUUGUUGCAUUAGUGUAUGAUACUUUGAAGGACAGAGCCUUUGCUUUUUGUAUUCUUUAAGAAAAGCACAACCAUAAAGUAUUUUAAAAACAAACACUUGGAGCAAUUGAAAUAUGUUAUUCUGACUAGAUAGACUGUAGAGGUUUUGCAUUUCUCAGCCCUCCUGGGGAGAUUGGCCUAGAUAGCAUUCUUUAACACUUUCUCUGCUUUUGCCUCAGUAGCAAGGCUUUCCGAAGCCCCGGGCAAUGGAACAUUUAUUAGUAUUUAUUGACAAAAAUUUAGUUCUCUGAAAUUUUAACUCAUAUAUAUGAAAAACUUUGUAUUCCAUCUCUUCUUUUUCAUUUACUUGUAGAGCCAAAGAAAUGGAAUUGAAAAAUGAUUGCAUAAGUAAUGAUGCCAUCCUUCUCUCUGGCUGUAGACUGAGGCUUUUCUCUUGCUUAAAGUCGUAGCAGUAUUUGUUGAUAACCUCUCAAUAAUGUUUGGUUUACAUGCCAGUAAUUAGAUUAAUUCAACAUGAAGUUGAAUUUGAUGAAGUGGUCAUCUAUCCAAGUAUUUGUGUUUUUUUUGUUUUGUUUUGUUUUUUGAGAUGGAGUCUCGCCCUGUCACCCAGGCUGGAGUGCAGUGGUGCAGUCUUGGCUCACUGCAACCUCCGCCUCCUGGGCUGGAGCAAUUCCCCUGCCUCAGCCCCCCAAGGAGCUGGAAUUACAGGCAUGUGUCACCAUACCCGGCUAAUUUUUUUAUUUUUAGUAGACAGCAGGUUUCACCAUGUUGGCCAGGCUGGUCUCGAACUCCUGACCUCAAGUGAUCCACCUGCCUUGGCCUCCCAAGUUGCUGGGAUUACAGGCUUAAGCCAUCACGUCCAGCCAGCCAAGUAUUUGGUUUUAAACAUUUGUUUUCCUUUGUGCAAGCGAUUGUAUUCCUCUGUACAAGACCUUUAAAAGCCCCUCUUCAAGAAAUUUAGUCUUUGUGUAGCUGCUAACCUUGCUGCAAUAUUUAUUUUCCCAUACUACUUAGUUGACAAAUGGCAAUCAAGCUCACUUGUUCUCCCUCUCUAUCUCUCCCCCCCAUAUACACAUAUAUAUAUCCCUUCAGCUUGACUUGCUAUUAUUUUUCGUUGUAUAAAUAUGAAAUUCUUGGCAUUUCAAUAUGGCGUUUGUUUAGGAAAGAUAUGGGUCACUAGAGAAAAAUGUUAAUUUUUUUCCCACUGUGAAUUGCCUUCUGUUUGCCUUAUCUUUUCAGAUAGUCUUUAAAGUUGGGCAAUAUUCAGGCAGCUAUUUAGAACAGUUUCUCAGAGUGGAUUUGGGUCUCUCAUUUGAGAAAGAUUUGUAGUUUCAUGAAGUUCGUGUAUUAUAGGAAUUUAAGUAAAAUCAUGUGAGUUAAGUUUUGGGCAAAUGUUAAUCAGAAAGAUAAUCAACAUCCCUCUGUUAUGUAGUCAUUUUGGAGAAAUGGAGGAAAAGGAAAAUAACAGGACUUUUUAUAGCUAUGAUAAAAUGGGUAAAGAAAAACCUCCAUUUAAAUAAGGAAGGGGAGACAAAAUGGAAGGUCCUGGCCUUAAGUCAAAUUCCAGAUAGUGCUUUCAAUAUCCAAAGCUUAGGCCUUGUUUACUUUUAGUAAUGCUGUAUUUUUCUUUAUCUGCCCAGUGAUUUCACUUCGUGUCGUUCAAAGUUUUUUUAUUCUAAUUUUAAAGGAAAAAACAGUGUAUUUUUAUUUGAUAACUAGGCAAAAUCACUUGCCAUUUUUUAUUUCAUAAAUAUUUAUUUUUCUAUCUCAUACAAUGAUCAGUUUUACUUUAAAAAUUCUGCAUUUCUCUUGCUUCUCAUGUACUUCAUCCAGUUAUUUAUUAUUGUAAAAUGUUAACUGGAGAUACUUCAUUCAAAAAAAUGUCAGACCACUUAACACUAACCUGGAAUGUUAGUGUUUCAGCUGUCUUAGUAAGUGACCAAAGGUGGUUAUUUCCCUUGUGAUAGCUAAUUCAACAUCUUUACUGAAAAUUUGUUACUUUUUUUAAAGGUUUUUAAAAGAUUACAAUUUUAAAAUAUUUUAUGUUUAUUUUAUUUUUGUGUAAAGCAAACACUUUUUAAAUAAUAUCAGAGUAAUUAUUACCCUAUGAAUAAGGAGAUAGAAAUUCAGCCAGUUAAACCCUCUUACUCUUUCUCAUUCAAAUAAUGUAAUAAUGUUUGAGACUAUAGAAGCAACUCAUCUGUAUUUUAAUGAACUGCCAGACACUUUUCACUGUGUUCUCUGCUUUUUACUUCGUCAUUUUUAUAUAAAUGUGGAGGGAUUUUGUUGUUGUUGUUGUUGUUCCUGCUGCUAGAACACAUGCAGUUUAAUUUUUAGGCCCACAAUGUAGUAUGCUUUAAUGUUGUGAUGUAAACUAAUACUCUGGCCUUGGAAAACCUUUCUGUUUCUGUAUCUUUGUCCUUUGGAGGCCAGGCCUCAUUAACACCAGUAUUGUUGAAUAAGCACAAUAUGUUACGUAGCCUUACCAUAAGGCUGCUUGACACAGACAUCCACUCUCCUCCACAUUUUAUAAAUCAUUGUUUGGAAGUAAAGUUAGAUAAGAGUCAAAUUAAAUGUUUUGACUUGAAAAA